AUGGUCAUGCUAAUAACCCUUAGCUUAAUACUAGUAUCUAAACUUGUUAUUCCAAGUACCCAAGCUUUUGAUUACUUUACCAAUUGUACAGCUAGUUCUAAUUACACCCAAAACAGCCAAUACCAAAGAAACCUAGACAAACUUUUAGAAGAAAUAACUUCCAAAGCUUCACUUUCUGGAUUUUACUAUACAUUUGUUGGUCAAAUCCCUGAUCAAGUCCAUGGUCUUUACCUAUGCCGGGGUGACAUGAGUAAUCAAGGUUGUGGCCAAUGCGUUUACCAAGCUCAAGGUAGUAUCCUCAAAGAGUGUCCGACCCAAAUUCGGGCUGUUUUAUGCAAGGUCAAGUUUGGUACAACAGUAGCUAACAUCACAAGCUCGGAAAAGCUGUAUACCUUAGGGCAGUGCACACUGGACUUGUCAGCGAGUGAUUGUGACCGACUGACCGGCGCUUGA